AUGGCAUCCAUCAAUCUAAUCUACUUCGCCCAAGUGGCCAACGUCGUUGGCUCAGGAGCUUUGACACGGGACAUUGCAGCCACGGUAGGCGACUCCUCCGAUUCAGUUUGGUACACGCAGACCCUCGCAAUCUUCACAGCCAUACUAGGUAUCCCCGUCAGCCAAGCCGCCGACCUCUGGGGCCGCAAGAUAUUUCUCGUCAUAUUGACCACCUGUGGUUUUAUCGGUUCUCUCAUUAUAGCCCGUGCCAAUUCCCCAUGUUUGGCUAUCACUGGUUUUGCCGUGACAGGUAUAUCUUACGGUGCUCAGCCUCUGCUCCAUGCUAUCGUAUCGGAGGUCUUUGCGAGAAAAUAUCGUCCCUGGGCACAGGCUAGCGUAAAUGUUGCUGCGUCGUUGGGAGCGAUCAUGGGAUUACUGGUUGGAGGUGCAGUCACAAGAAAUGAGAAUCAUGUUGGGUUUCGCGUGUAUUGGUAUAUAGUAGCUGGCUUGUAUGCCCUCGCUACUGUCUCGGUACAACUACUAUACUCGCCUCCCCCAAGAGCAUUACAGCUUGUGUUUAGCUUCCACGAGAAGUUGCGGCGUUUGGAUUGGCUUGGAUAUGGCUUCUUAACACCUGCCCUUGUCCUCUUUUGCAUGUCCCUCACAUGGAUUCAUAAUCCGUACUCUUGGACUGAUGCACAUGUCUCCGUUACUUUUAUCAUCGGCCUCUGUUUUGCCAUUGGAUUAGUAGCUUACGAGACGAUGGUGAAGAGAGAUGGCAUGUUUCACCAUCGUCUGUUCAAGGACCGAAACUUCCCAUUGGCUCUUGGCUGUAUCUUCGUCGAAGGGAUGGUAUUCUUCUGUACCAACGACUACUUCGCGUUUCAAGUCAGUAUGUUCUUCUCACAAGACAGCCUGAUUACUGGCGCACAUUACUCCGUUGCCUUUGCGGCUCUUGGCAUAUCUGCCAUUCUCUCAGGUCUCUGGUGCUCAAAGACAAAAGCUGUGCGUGUACCCACCAUCGCCGCCUUUUGUUCUUUUGUGGUCUUCAAUAUCUUGAUGGCAACCAUUUCUAAAGAAACAACCACAAGUCAGAUAUGGGCGUUUCCCAUUUUUUUAGGGCUUGGAUUAGGUAUCUGUCUACCAUCGCUCGUCACAGCAGCCCAUUUCGCAACCCCCCAAGAAUUGGUCGCAAUCGCUUCGGGUCUCAUGAUCUCUUUGAGGAGCUUGGGGGGGUCCGUUGGGCUAGCCGUUUACAGUGCCGUCUUCCAUCACGGGUUCUCAUCUAGCCUGGGUCCUGAAAUUGCUGACGCGGUUUUGCCACUCGGAUUCCCAAACAAAGAACUGCCUCAACUUAUCUCUGCAUUCGUCAGUAACAACGAAACGGCGAUAAAACUAAUCGAUGGAAUCUCACCGGAAAUUAUAGAAGCUGGCCAUGAAGGUCUUCUCGAAGCGUACAGGGUUGGCUUUCGAGGUGUCUGGGUAACCACAGCCUCUAUAUCAUUUGUUGCAGUCAUUGCCGCAUCGUUUCUCCGCAAUCCAACAGAUAACUUUACUGCGGAAGUCGACGCACCGAUUGUUAUAGUUACCGAGGGUGAGGAAGAGACGCAAGGGUCAACUGUCACUCUGGCCAGAAUGUCAUGA